AUGGGGCGGCCCUGGGGCACCCUGUUGUGCCUGCUGCUGCUGGCAGCGAUCCCCGCAGCCCCCUUGCCGGCUCCGACUGCAACUUCGGCUCCUGAUGAGCCCGGCCCGGCUCUCAGCUACCCGCAGGAGGAGGCCACCCUCAACGAGAUGUUCCGCGAGGUGGAGGAGCUGAUGGAGGACACGCAGCACAAACUGCGCAGCGCGGUGGAGGAGAUGGAGGCAGAAGAAGCUGCUGCUAAAACAUCGUCAGAAGUGAACCUGGUAAACUUACCUCCCAGCUACCAUAAUGAGACCAACACAGAAACCAAGGUUGGCAAUACCACCAUCCAUGUGCACCGAGAAAUUCACAAGAUCACCACCAACCAGACUGUACAAACGGUCUUUUCAGAGACAGUGAUCACGUCUGUGGGAGAGGAUGGAGGCAGAAGGAACCACGAGUGCAUCAUUGACGAGGACUGUGGGUCCCGCAGGUACUGCCAGUUUGCCAGCUUCCAGUACACCUGCCAGCCAUGCCAGGACCACCAGGCAGUCUGCACGCGGGACAGUGAGUGCUGUGGAGACCAGCUGUGUGCCUGGGGUCACUGCACCGAAACAGCCACCAAAGGCAGCAACGGGACCAUCUGCGACAACCAGAGGGACUGCCAGCCCGGGCUGUGCUGUGCCUUCCAAAGAGGCCUGCUGUUCCCCGUGUGCACACCCCUGCCCGUGGAGGGUGAGCUCUGCCACGACCCUGCCAGCCGGCUCCUGGACCUCAUCACCUGGGAGCUGGAGCCUGACGGCGCUUUGGACCGCUGCCCGUGUGCCAGUGGCCUCCUCUGCCAGCCUCACAGCCACAGCCUGGUCUAUGUGUGCAAGCCGACCUUCGUGGGGAGCCAUGAGGAGGUGGGGAAGAGCCUGGUGCCCCGAGAGGCCCCCGGUGACUACGGAGACGGCAGCUUCAUCGAGGAGGUGCGCCGGGAGCUGGAGGACCUGGAGCGGAGCCUGUCGGUGGAGAUGGCUCUCGGGGAGCCGGAUGCCGCUGCCGAGCUGCUGGAGGGAGACGAGAUCUAG